AUGUCUUCGGCGCUUAACAAGACGCGCAGAAAGAAGAAUGUCAAGAAGGGUAUUCAGUUCUGCUUGAUGGUCUGUGGUGCCUCUGGUACUGGCCGGACAACCUUCGUCAAUACCCUCUGCGGCAAGCAAGUGCUCGGACACAAGGAGGUUGACGACCCAACAACCGCACACGUCGAGGAGGGCGUCAAGAUCAAGCCCAUCACAGUCGAACUCGACGAGGAAGGCACCCGCAUCUCGCUCACCAUCGUUGACACACCCGGUUUCGGAGACCAGAUCGACAACGAGGCCAGCUUCUCAGAGAUCGUCGGAUACCUCGAGCGACAGUACGACGGCAUUCUCGCAGAGGAAUCGCGUAUUAAGCGUAACCCCCGAUUCCGCGACGACCGUGUACACGUCCUGCUCUACUUCAUCACACCCACAGGCCAUGGUCUCCGUGAACUCGACAUUGAGCUGAUGAAGCGUCUGUCGCCCCGCUGCAACGUCAUCCCCGUCAUCGGAAAGGCCGACUCCCUCACACCCGCCGAGCUGGCAGAGUCGAAGAAGCUGGUCAUGGAGGACAUUGAGCACUACCGCAUCCCCGUGUACAACUUCCCCUACGACAUUGAGGAGGACGACGAGGACACGGUCGAGGAGAACGCCGAGCUUCGUGGCCUGAUGCCGUUCGCCAUUGUUGGAUCCGAAGACAUUGUUGAGAUCAAUGGCCGACGGGUACGGGCACGUCAAUACCCCUGGGGUAUCGUUGAAGUGGAUACCCCCCGCCACUCCGACUUCCUCGCCGUUCGAAGUGCUCUUCUCCACAGCCAUCUUGCCGAUCUCAAGGAGAUUACGCAUGACUUCCUAUACGAGAACUACCGUACCGAGAAGCUUAGUAAGAGUGUCGAAGGUGGUGCUGCUGCUGACUCAUCGAUGAACCCUGAGGAUCUCGCCAGCCAGUCAGUGCGCUUGAAGGAAGAGCAACUGCGACGUGAAGAGGAGAAGCUGCGCGAGAUCGAAGUCAAGGUCCAGCGCGAGAUCAACGAGAAGCGGCAGGAACUCUUGGCUCGCGAGAGCCAGCUCAAGGAGAUCGAGGCCCGCAUGAACAGGGAACAAAGCGGCCAAAUGCAAGACCACGACGCAGACGAGGCCUAG